UGGGUGCCGCUCACCAAAUUAUUGUUCAUAUUGGCCGCCGUACACGCUAAUGCAUAGCGUACGGGAUUCAAUGGGUGCGUAGCCCGACGUACACCGCAGACACGGCGAGGAGGGGACCGUGCCUCUGUCUGUCUGUGACUGAGAUUAGACCCAACUCUUUUGACUGUAGUAAACCUCUAUCAUCAGAAUGAAUGGAGAAGUGCCAAGUGUUCCCAUCACAACUCUUGCAGGAAUAACAAGUCUUACAGACUUGUUGACAGAGUUGCCCCUGCCCUCACCCCUUCCUAGUGCAAUCAACAGCAAAGGCCUUCUCUACACACCCCAAAUAGCAGAAGAAGCUCAGCGACUGCUAGGGAGGCAGGAUGAAAACCUAAUCCCUCAACUCCUUCAUGUCCUCAGCCAGACAGAUACAGAUCACAUAGAGCUGAAAGACAAGACAACCAGCAAUGAAGUAGAGGGUGAAGUGCCUGCACUUCUUCAAGCAAUUCUUGCCCGCAACCCCAACGUAUUUAAAUCAAGGGUGGAACAAAUAAGUGGGAGUGGAUCAGGACAGCACAGUUCGUAUUCUCCGCGAGGUGGACCCAGUAACUCUUCAUCCCCUGGUGCGAGUACUCCUCAUGGAAACCAGCACCAAUUCCAACAACCUGGCUCCGUGUCUGCACAAGGCUCUGCCCAAGCACCUCUCAAUGGCUAUGCUGCCAACCAGUUCUCUCCAGCUCCAGCCAGUAGUCCUAUGUUUCCAGCCACCCCACCAACCCCCAACUCCCAGACAAGAUCGCAGAGGUCACCUUCAAGAGCUCCAGCCACAGCCACGCGAGAAGAUGAGAGGCAAGGAACAAACUCUGUCCACAAUAAUGAAGUCACCGACGUGAGGCAGCGCCCCAGCAGCAGAUCCCAGUCUUGCUCCUCAGAGACGAAUCACACGAAUUCCAACAACCAGCCAGAAACUCCUGUUGAUACCCAAGGAGAGUCUUCGGCAGGCAUGCCCGAAUCAGAUAAUGCAGAUGCCGGAAGAACUCGCUGGUCGUCCAAGCGGAAGAAAAGGAAGGAUAAGAAAGAUAAAGAAAAGAGAGAAAAGGACAAAAAGGACAAAGAUGAAGUCAGUUACAACAUCAUUCAAUCCCCCACGCAUUCAGGGUUACCCAAGAUCACUCUGAAGAUUGCCCGAAAACCUGUGACAUCGCCAAAAGCCAGCGAGAGUGAACCUUCCACCAGCGGGGAACAAUCCAAGCCUCCUAGCGUUGAGCCAUCAAAACCUACUAGCAUGGAACAACCUCUACCACAUUCUGAUAUCAAAACUGAAGUGCCUGACCAAAGAUUGCAACCAGAUGUACCAGUCAACGCGCAACACCAGCAACAGGAUGUGAUCCGUCAACAGCAUUCAAAGGAAUCGAGAACUGAACAAAGACUCAGUGAGCCAAACAGGACUCCAGGAAUGGCUCCAGCAAGCCAUCAGCAACAUGUAGAUAAUAAAAAUGAUAGCACUGCUGGACCGCCGAGGAAGAGUGUUUUGAGACUAAGGAACGAUUCAAACAGUGAUGUGCAAAGUAAACCGGAGCUGGUGCAUAAAAAGGACAAGGUGUCCAGAACUCACAGUAACAAAGGUCAGGGGGAUGCUGAUGUAGCCUCUAUGGCGGUUGAGAGUGCACACGACGGAGACAUGGAGGAACCAAUGGAUGCAGAGCCAUCAGAGCAUGCGCGUGCCAAAACAGCCCAACCUCGAGUCGUCCUGACCAAGCUCUUACCCUCGUCCAUGGAAGAUGAGCUCAUUCCAAUGAAGCUGGACGGCAGAGGGAAGAAACGGGGAAGGGGAUCGGUCAAUUACUGUGAGAUUUCCCCCAGCAACAGCCCGCGCCCCCGUCCCUCAACGGCCAAUAAUCCUGACAAUGAAUGGGCCCCUCCAGCAGCCGCUCCUGUUGCUGUUGCAUCAAGCAGCAGGUCACCGUCCCAUUCCAGAGCCAAGGCACCUUCACCUGUUCCAGAAGCAGCCCCCACGGAAUUCGCUCCCAUCUUUAUUGAGAGGAACGAGGCAGAGGAGGCGGCAGCUGCAGCAGAGACAGAAGAAGAGCGACCUGCAAAACGGAUGAAGAAGGAAGAGAAGCCUAAAAAGAAAAAGGGCCAGACGGAUGCAGAGUAUGAGGAACUGAUGGACACACCCACGUUCAAGAGGUUCAAUGCUGCUCUUGAUGCUGUGUUUGAAAAUUCAGAAGACAUGGAAGUAACUGUUGACACUGGUGAUGAAGAAGACGAGGAGUAUGCCCCUGAUACACUUGUAUCCAAAGCAUUACUGGCUGAGCUGGUCAAUGAAGCAGCGAAGCUCAAGUCGCUGGAUGUCAUGAACCAGAUAAGAACUGAACGCUUAGUGAGGUUACUGAACAUCCUUGAAAGGAAUAUCAGAGAUGGUACAAAGCUCAAUCCAAAUGAUCAGGACGAGCAGAACCCUCGCGAGCAGCGCUUGUGGCGUGAAGUGACCAUGGAGCGGGUGACCCGGUCAGUUGAUUCCUCCCUCAUAGCCCUCUACAUCAUGACCUCUGAAGACAUGCCCAAGGAGGUCUUCAUUGAGGACGUCAUCGAUAGACUGUCUCAGCUGGCCAAGUUUCAACUCACCAACACCAUCUACCCAGAGUUUGACCCUGUCUACAGGGUCAACCCCAAGAAAGAGGUGAUAGCCACCCAUACAAAGCUGAAGAGAGCCAGAGCGGGCGAGGUGAAGGAGAAGUCUGUUCUCAUGGUGUACAACAAGCUGUGCGCUCUUGUCGCAAAUCUUGCCGAGCUUCUAAACCUCCAGAUUCUCACCGAUUCUACGGUCCUCCUGAUUUCUUCAAUGGGCACUGCGCCUUUCUUUGUUGAGAAUGUCAGUGAACUUCAACUCAACUCUCUGAAGCUGAUCGCUGCUGUAUUCUCAAGGUAUGAGAAACACAGACAACUCAUCCUGGAGGAUAUCUUUGCCUCUCUUGCCAGACUUCCAUCGAGUAAAAAGAACCUCAGAAACUUCAGACUGAACAACACAACCAACAUUCAGAUGGUGACUGCUCUUGUAUUACAACUCAUUCAAGGUGUAGUUGUGUUCGUAACCCCAGAUGGCGAUGGAAUGGAUCAGUAUGAUAAUGUUGAUGAUGACGGUUCAAAGACGGACCAAGGUGUGCUAGUAGUCAAUGCCUAUGAGACAGCAGUGAGAACAGGGCAGAACUUCCUCUCUGUGUUCUUGAAAAAGUGUGUCAGCAAGGACGAGGAAGACUACAGGCCGCUCUUUGAGAACUUUGUUCAAGAUCUGCUUUCGGCAGUCAACAAGCCUGAAUGGCCAGCAUCAGAACUUCUACUCAGUCUACUCGGGAGAUUGCUGAUGCACCAGUUCAGUAAUCGCUCGAAUGAGAUGUCGAUGAGAGUGUCUUCCCUUGAGUAUCUUGGCCAGGUGGCAAGCAGACUGAGGAAAGAUGCUAUAUCAAGUGUGAUGGAUGAAGACAGGCUCAAUACCAUCGUCAGAGAGAUGAGGGGAGGUAGAGAAUCCCCAGUUGGAGAUGGAAAGCCAUGUGACAAACUGGACUAUGUCAUGAACCUACAACAGGCUAUGGUAGACUACCUCAGCUACAACAGUCGCAAUGAUCCAGCAAUCUUGUUUUCAAGGCAAUUCUUUCUUGCCCAGUGGUACCGGGACACCAACGCCGAGGUGGAACAGACCAUGAAAGCACCUCAGUCCAAGAAGAAGAAGAAAGACAGCGACGAUGAGGAUAGUGAUGACGACGAAGACGACGACGACAGUGAUGAUGAGGAGGAAGAGGAGAAGGCUCGGGACAAUGACCUCAAGAAAGCUGAUAUCUUACGAGCAGCAGAGAAGAGGAAAAAGUUUCUUCUUUAUUCUAUCAAGGUCAAAAAACCUUCUGGAUCCAUUAGGAAAGGAAGGAACAUCAUCACGUACGAGAGUGCCGCCUUUGUAGUGAGGUACCUUGCGUCAAGAAGACCAUUCUCACAGAGUUUUGAUAUCUAUCUUACACAAAUCUUGAGGGUAUUGAAUGAAACAGCAGUCGCAGUCCGAACGAGAGCUAUGAAGUGCCUAUCACAAGUAGUAGCCGCAGAUCCAAAAAUACUGGCCAGGGCUGAUGUGCAGAAGACGGUUCAUUGUCGGUUCAUGGAUCAGUCGACCAGUGUGAGGGAAGCAGCAGUGGAGUUGGUAGGAAGGUUCGUGUUGAUGCAGCCUGAGCUUACAGAUCAGUACUAUGAAAUGCUCAUCGAAAGAAUAUUGGACACUGGAAUCAGCGUGCGAAAACGGGUGAUCAAGACUCUCAGGGAUAUUUGCAUUGAUCAACCUGAAUUCUCCAAGAUUCCAGAGAUCUGCGUCCGCAUCAUCAGGAGGGUCAACGAUGAAGAGGGCAUCAAGAAAUUGGUCAACGAGACGUUUCAGAAGAUGUGGUUCACCCCGAUGCCGAAUCAGAACAAGAACCUGCUGCUUCAGAGAGCUCUGAACAUCAUUGAAGUGGUAGCAGCAAGUAAAGAUACAGGCUAUGAUUGGCUAGAACAACUCCUUACAAAUCUCCUGAAAAGUGAGGUGGACGCCCACUACAAGCCAGUACAGAAGGCGUGUAUGCAGGUGACCGACUGCCUGGUGGAGCACGUGCUUCGGCUGGAGAGGGGUUCCGCCGAGGUGUCGGAGGAGGGCAAGGCCAACAGCAGGAGACUGGUCUCGUGUCUCCAGACCCUGUAUCUCUUCAGCAAGGUCAAGCCGACGCUGAUGGUGGCUCACGCAACCACUCUUCAACCCUACCUCAGUACAAAAGUGGCAACGGCACGUGAAACGAUGGUGAUCUCCAAUGUUGCCAAGAUCAUAGAGAUGGUGGUACCUCUGAUGGACCAUCCUAGUGAAGUGUUUCUGGCCAGCCUCGAAGAAGACAUGAUGAGGCUCAUCCUCAAACAUGGACAAAUGGUGCUUCAGAGUUGUGUGAGUUGUCUAGGGGCAAUAGUCAACAGGGUGACUCACAACUACAGACUAGUCAGAGACUGCUUUCAAAAGUACUUUACCAUUCUAGCCAAGAUGAAGACAGACCAUGACUCAACUUCGGACAGCCCUAUCAGCAAGAACAAGCCAGUCUUACUCAGGUCUCUCUUCACCGUCGGUCUCUUCUGCAAACACUUUGAUUUCGAUGCAGGGCUCAAGCACUCCAAAUCGUCACCCAAGAUACCGGUGAGGGACAGGGUGUUUGACGUCCUGCUCUACUUCUGCAACCGGGAGGAUGAAGACAUCAAGCUGAAGGCUCUGAGCGGCCUGGGGUUCCUGUGCAAUCGCCAUGCAGACUUCAUGCUGACCACUGAAGUCAAAGAUCUCUACUGGAAGAUCCUCACAGAUCCUGACAUAUCGGUCAAGCAAUUGUGCCUAGUGGUGAGAAAUCUUCACUUAUAUCUUGUAGAAGAGGAUGAGAGGAUGAGACAAGCAGAUGCAGAAUGGAAAGCACAUGCCAAAGAGGAAGACCUGAAGGAGAUGGGUGAUGUACAGUCUGGAAUGAGCAGCUCUGUAAUGCAGAUGUACCUGAAGCAAGUGAUGGAAUGCAUGCUACACAAGCAAUCUAUGGUCAGGAUGGCAUCGUUACAGGUCAUUGUUCUAACGCUAGGACAGGGUCUAGUCCAUCCUGUACAGUGUGUACCUUACCUUGUGGCCAUGGGGAGUGACCCAGAGUCUGCCAUUAGAGUGAAAGCUGACCAGCAGUUGACACACAUAGACAGAAGAUAUCCAGGCUUCAUACAGAUGAAGGCCUUGGCAGGUCUGAAGAUGGCCUACAAACUCCAGGAGCUGCUCAACUCUGAGACGGAAGAGUACAUCCGUGGUAUGAGGGAGACGGACAACCAUCACUACGCCCUCUGCAGUCAUCUCUAUUCAAUGAUCAGGUCCAACAGGUCACAUCGGAGAGCCAUUCUUCUCAGUCUACUCAGUCUCUUUGAUGAGCAUGUGAAAAGUGACCUGAAGCUGCUGGUGUUUGUGGCUGACAAUCUGUCAUCUUUCCCCUACGCAGCACAAGACGAGCCUCUCUUCAUUAUGCAUCACAUAGAAAUCAUAGUCUCUGUAUCAGGAGCAAACUUACUACAGUCUUUCAAAGAUAGCUUUUCUCGCAACCAGCCAUCCAGACCGCCCUCAAGAUCAUCUCAGAAUUCAGAUUCAGCGAAACCAGCCAGUAGGGCGAUCUUUGAAGAUGAUGAUGAGGACGAUGCUGAAAACCUCAUCGAGCGAAUCCCAGAAGAACCCACCCAGCUACUGGAGUGCUGUGUAGCGUCUCAGGCCGUCAUCAUGCUACUGGUACUCAAGCAGCAUCUCAAAGACCUCUAUGGAUUCAGGGACAACACAAUACACAGAUACUCGCCGACGGAGGCAGCCAAGGUGUACGAGAAGGCCGUGAGUAGGAAGUCCUUGGUUCACUUCAACCCUGCCAGAGCCCUGGACCUCCUCAGGACGGGCCAGCCUAAGGGACCUCUCAGUGAGCAAGAGAAGAGGGACAUCGUGGAGGAGUACUUAGAUUUCAAGCAGCUGAUGGAACUGAUGGACGACAGUGAGGAUGAAGAGGAGGAUGGAGCUAAACCAAAGGCUGGAUCAGGACCGGGUACUCCAGUCAGGAACCAGGCUGGUGAGGAUGGUGAGGCUAAGGAAGAAGUUAAAGAGGAAGGAACCAAUCACAACGGUGCCGCCGGGGCUACACCAGCAGGAGGAGGAGGGCCCGUGUCGACGAGCCCAGCAGCAGCCAGGAAGACGCCUGAACCACCCCACAUCCCUCCCAGUAGGAUGAGACAAGUGAGGAAACAUUCUGCAGAAGAUGACGAAUCCUCAGAGGAAAGCAUACCAUCACCAGUACCUGUUGCCAAGCCACGAGCAAGAUCACGAACACCAGCAAGAAGUAGAAGCCGACAAGGAGGAGGAAGGGGAGGAGCGAGUGCAAAGAAAGCAAAGCCACAGAAGAAACGCAGGAGAAGAAUUGAAUCCAGUGACGAAGACGACGAUGACGAGGAGGAAGACUCUGGGGACCCAGACUGGUAAAUCAUCACAUCUUCAGGAUGAAGCUGAGUCAUGAGACCGGUAACCUGCCCCAACUCUGGAUGUAGACGUAGUAUAUCCAGGAUAUAUGGACUUCAAAGGAAGUUGUAUUUCUGUCAAUGUCCCAUAUGCUUUCAACAAUGGUGUUUCCAUUCAUCUCCAAGGGUUCAACGUACUACAAUGUUAAGGAACAACACUUUAUUCUUUCUCCCUCUCUCUCUUUCUCUAUCUCUCUCUCUCCCUCUCUCUCUCUCUCUCUCUCUCUCUCAUUACUCUCUGCUAUUGAAUUAUAUUUUGUAGCAGACAGUCAAUCGAAAUAUUCAAAUAUGAUAAGACAGAACUUUCUCACAUUUUUCUUUACUUACUUUAACCUGGUUUUGAAGAAAUUUUCAAAAUAUAUUGAAAACUUUGUAUUGCUGUGAUUAAUCAUGAAGCAAAAACAACAAGGCCUUUCUUUACUGCUUUCCAUUUCAAGAAGAAUUAUAAAAAUAUAGGAUUUUUCUGUCUCAUUCAAUUAUCUUUAUGUAAAGUGAAGUGGAUAAAUGAAGGCAGACAAGAAAUUUGUUCUACUGGAAAUUAGAUACUUGCAUUGCUAAAAAAAUUGUCACCUUGAUUAGACUUCUAUAAAAAAAAAUUACAUAGCUUUUUUGUUAUGAUUUCAAAAUCCAUGGCUUUGUUUUGGCUGUAUCUGUUUAUAUGGAAGGAAGAUGAUUCAUUGUCCCUUUAUUUUUGAAAAAAUGCAUUAUUUUUUUGAGUAGAUUAAUGUCGCAGUUCGUCUUGGAAUCAACGGGACUGACUGCAAAGAAUAAUUUGCGCUACAGUGUCUGACAUGGUCCAUAUUAUACUUACGGUCAGUCGAAGAAAGUAAAUAAUCAGCUGGUUUCAUUCAUUGCAGCACUCUCAAUACGUUGAAGAUGAAAUAUGUUACUCUUUAUCUCUAACUUUGUUUUGGAUAUUAUUUGUUGUAUUGCAUGAGAGUCUGUAUUGCUUGUGUUUAUUUUACUUAGCCGUUAUUACAUGGUGCUUUCUGAUCAAUCCAAAACAUUCCCAAUUAGUGUGGACUUCAAGACCAAUCUCUGCAAGUUGAUGUUUCAUUUGGACGCGUUUUGUGUCCCCCUAUUUUAAAUCAAAUGAAAAGUAAUGCAUCUAUCGCCUGCUUCAUGAAUGGUAUUAUUUUUUGUUGGCACUAAGACAAAAUCAAGAAAACACUGAAUACAAAGACAUCAGUAAAGUUUGAAGUGAGUCUCUUGGAUGCUGGGAAAAAAAGAUGAACUGACUUACUUUAACCAGAAGGCUUUCUUUUCCAAUCCAUGUGACUUUACAUAAAUGAAUAGCACUUCAAACUUUGUUUAAUAUUUUCUCUUUGAAACAAUGAAUAUAUUUAUAAUUAAAUACAUGGGAGAAAAAAAGGACAGUGGUUGUGUUCUUAAGGGAAAAAAAAACCUUAAUAUAUAAAGUUUCUGCUUCUCAUCUCAACUGUUGUGCUGGAAUGGAAGCCUUUCUUUGUCUCUGCCAAACAGUUUCUCCCAGCUUCAGAAUACAUCUUGUGUCAAUUAGAUUAUGAAAUUUCAUUUUGGUCUUACGCAACGUAUGCAAUUUCUUUCGAAAUGAUUAUAUUGACAAUCAGACAAAUGGCUGUUUUCAUUUGGAAUAUUGAGAACGAUUUUAGCACAAGAAUAAACAAUGGUAAUUCAAUUGUGGAAUUUAACAUAUGACCAAUAUUUGCAAUGUUACCUUUUAUUGCGUUACUUGAAUUUGUUGUUUUCACAGUCUCAAAUAAGAAUAACAGACUAGGAACAGCCUUAAGAUUUAAAUGAUGGUCUCAUGAAUUUAUUUAUUAUGAAUGAUUUUGGAAAACAAACCAUAUUCAAUUUGCAAAAUAAUAUAUUUAUGAGAUUAUGAUGGACAUGAGUAAAAUUGAGAAAUCUUAUUCAAGUGUUAUCAUAUUUUUGUACAAGAAAGUAAUUUAUGAGAUUUACAGAUUUUGUCUAGGUGUCCGCUAAUGGUGAAAUUACCGAUACAAAUGCUGAAGACAAAUUUUAUGAUGCGUUUUCAUAUUGUGAUGGAAAUGUAAGGGGAAGACAUGUGUCUAAUCACUCUGAACUAGGCAAAGGUUUUGCGUACACAUUUGUGCUGUUUAUCUCAGUUAUGUCCAAAACCAAUAAAUCUCAAUGAAAAUUGGUUGGUUGUGAAAUUCACAGACAAUUUAUCCUCGUGGUUUGUAUUCAGGAAAGGGUAGUAGCUCAAGUCCCAGGGGCCGUAAUCAAUUCAGAAGGCAGAUUAAGCAAGUAUUUUACUUAGCAUUUGGCUUGGCUAAGUAAAAUGUCUUAAAUCUUAUUCAGAUUAUAUCUAAGCUUUUUACUUUUGCAAGCCGACUUUUAGGCAAAAUACUCACUGAUAAGCAUUGUGACAUGGUCGAUGAAAAAGUGAUUAAGUGUAUACAUUUGGUUCUUUAGAUUUAUAGAGUGCCAAAAGUUCACCUCGUCUCAUAAACCAUAAUUCUGUAGCUAAAUCCCAGUUACACCGCCAGAAUGAAACAAAAAGACCAGGUCGUAGAUUACUUGUAGGAUAUUCUUUAAGGUACGACGUCGUCCUAAGAACUGAAUAAAGAAAGGAUUUUUUUUGGCACCAGUGUCUUGUAAUAUUUGUUCAUUCAAAAAGAAAAUCAAAAUUAUCGAUAGGUUCCAAAGAUAUGUAGAGUUGCGCUGUAUGUUAAAUCAACAUGCAUUUUCUUGUAAAUUGAUUGUAUAAAGAAAAAAACUGUAAAAAGGAGAGUUAAAAGUGUACAAAUUGGGAUUUAUUUAUAUCCUAUUUGUGAUCAAGUUAGAUAUAUGUGCUAUUGAUAGACAGUUGAUUUUUAUCAUCGGGCCAAGUGUGGGUAUUUAUUGGGAAAGCACAAUGAUUUUUUAAAAACUUGUUGAUUCGAUUACUCGUUCUGUAAAUAGCCAGGUUGUACAUAAAGACAAAGGUUUUUGUAGUACUUCCAAGUAAAUACUUUUGUUCCCUUUUUUUCACUGUCUGUAAUUAAACUUGUUCUAAAGAAGGUCAUUUUGUUGGUAGUUGGACUGAAAAGAAAGAUUCAGUUGAAAUGUUAUUAAAAGCAUGUUAUUUACGUGUUACUAAA